CGAUUCACGAAUUCUCAUUUUCAUUCCCAUCGAAAAUGUUCCUCGCGUUGGUUUUCGUGGCUGUACUGCUGCUCUUCCUCUACUUGAAGUACUAUGUCACCUUCAAUUACUGGCAGCGAAGAGGCGUCAAGUUCGAGAAGACGCAUUCGAUUUUCGGCAACAUAGGUAAAAACAUUCUUCAGCGCCAAUCCAUGGCUGAUCUGAUUGCGAACAUCUACAAGAAACAUUCGGAAGAACCAUACUUCGGAAUCUUCACGUUCAUGAACCCGACUUUGGUGGUGAAAGACCCGGAGAUCAUCAAGGAAAUCGCAGUGAAGAAUAUCGAUAACUUCAUCACGCACAAGUUGUUCUCUAGUGGUGAUGGGUCUCACGUCUUCAGCAAGAAUCUGUUCGCUACUUCUGGAUCCAUAUGGAGGAACACAAGACCUUCUUUAUCUCCCGCUUUUACUGGUAGCAAAAUGAGGGCUAUGUACGAUUUGGUAAACGAAUGCUCGAUGCAAUGGUUCAAGACUUUCGAAGCCAAAAACGAAGAGACUAUUCUCGUCAAUCUCAAAGAGGACAUCAUCAUCAGAUUCACCAUAGACGUUAUAUCCACGUGCAUCUUCGGAUUGAAGAGCAAUUCUUUCGAGGACAAAAACAACGAGUUCUUCAAACGCGCCCAUUCCGUCGGAGAUUUUGGUGGCAACAAGAUCUUCGCCCUCUUCGGUUACUGCAUUCCUCAAUUCAUCGUCAAAAUGUUCGAUUUGAGGAUUGUGCCGAACGAUGAUCAAGAGUUCUUCGAGCGCGUCGUCAUGGAAACCAUCAAGAUGCGUGUCCAAAACAACAUAGUUCGUCCGGAUAUGAUCAAUCUGCUGAUGGACUCGAGGAAAGGAAAACUGACGCACGACACUGACGGAGAUUUAAACGAUACCGGUUUCGCUACCAUCGAGGAAUCGAGUUUGGGAAAAUCCAAAGUCAACGGUGAGAUGGCCGACGAUGAGAUCGUCGGUCACAGCUUGCUCUUCCUCAUCGCCGGAUCCGAUACCACAGCUUGCGGUUUGACCUUCCUCAUUUACGAGUUGGCUUUGCAUUCCGACAUCCAACAAAGGCUUUACGAAGAAAUCGCCGAGUACUUAGAGGAGGGUAAAGGUAAAAUCUCGUACGAGAACAUCCUGAAAAUGAAGUACCUGGAUAUGGUUUGCUCAGAAACCUUGAGGAAGUGGCCUCCACUACCUGUGACGGACAGAUGCACCUCGAGACCAUACGAAAUCAAGAGCGAAAACAAGAAAUCUUUGCGUCUGGAAUCGGGAACGGUUGUGUGGUUCCCGGUUUUCAGCAUUCACAGGGAUCCGAAAUACUACGAAGAUCCUGAAAGGUUCGAUCCGGAACGUUUCAGUGAUGAGAACAAAGACAAGAUCAACAAAGACGCGUACCUUCCUUUCGGCGUUGGACCGAGAGCAUGCAUUGGUUCAAGAUUGGCGAUGCUCAUGUUCAAAUCCAUUCUUGUGCAUAUAUUGAACAACUUUGAAGUGGUGCCAGUUGAGAAGACUCCAAUUCCAUUAGAAUUAAGCAAGAAACAUAUAUUUUUAAAUCCGAACAGUCCCGUUUGGCUAGGCCUAAAGCGAAGGACUCAUUAAGAUAGACUCGAGCCGCGCAUAUCUUAUGCAAUUAAUCCUAAUCAUCCACUCUAAAUCAUUUUCUAUUCUUAGGUAAAACUCACUCUAAAUAAAUAUUUAAAACUUA